AUGAGAUGCGCUGAGGAUUUACUCUCAUUAGGAGCGGCAGUGGCGAAUGAGGGAGCUGGUAUUGACACCUCGCUGGAGUUGCGCAGAGGGCCCGCGUCCACGGUUACCUUAGCUACCCGACACAGCAUAUGCAGUGCCGAAGAUGGGAAAGGUCCAGUGUGGAGGUUUUUCCCCCCUUACCUGCACGGGCACGGCUAUGAGAUGAGCGGGGCGACUGGGGGCCCAGUGCCCGGCCACGAGGUUUUGGCACCGGCACCCGCCGACAUGGUACACCCGGAUUCGACCGACAGCUACGUCACCUAUCUUGAGAGCGACGACUCCUUGCAGCAAGACGCAUCAAGCCCAUAA